UCUACUUGUUCACUUACUCCAAUAUGAGUCUGAAGACCGGGUUGGUGGUCCUCCUUCUCUGCAUGCCAGGGCUGCUCAGUGCUGAGUGGGGGGGGACCUAUACUGAGAAGGAGAUCUGUGCAUUUAAAGGAUCCACUGUAAAGCUUCAGUGCGACUUUAAGUUCCCGCCCACAGAAGGCGGGCGUGAGAUCAAGAUCAAAGAAACAUUUUGGUUCACCAAAGAUCCAAAGAAAGAUCUGAGACUGGACCCUCAGUACUUUGGUGGUGUGCAGUCUGAGUGUCAUGGCAACAUCUGCAGUCUGACCAUCGCAGACGUGAGACGGAGUGACGAGUACACGUUCAGAUUCACAACUGACCAUUCCAGAGGAGACUUCAUCGUCACGCCUGGUGUCAAAGUGACCGUCACUGAUCUGAAAGUACAAGUGCCCUCAAGUACCAGGAUUGAAGAUGGCAAAUAUUGCUAUGAUCUGAAGUGUGUCAACGACACCUGCAGUCCUAGGUCUCCUUCUUCAUACGUCUGGUAUAAGAAUGGAGAGGAAAUCCCAAAUGCAAAGUCCCAAGUGUACACAGUAGAAGGGUAUGACUAUGAAAACAGUUACUCCUGUGCUGUGAGAGGACACGAGCAAGCUGUGUCUCCUCCAGAGUGUGUGUUUUACAGGUCAUGUAAGAAGGUGGUUUACCACAAGAGACACAUCUGUGCCAUCCAAGGAUCAUCAGUGGACAUUACCUGUGGAUUCACGAGCUAUGGAAAUACCCUGACACAAUUCUGGUACCGUACAGAUUCUAGUCACUGGAGGAACCCCUCCAUGACUGAAGAUCUGCGGUCAGACCCUCAGUAUGAAGGUCGUCUUGAGUUACCUUCAGAGACUACUAAAAAAAGCACACUGAGAAUAAAAGAUGUGAGGCAGAGUGAUUCUGCCGAGUACCGCUUCAAAUUCACCAUUGAUGGUUUUGAAUGGAGGAGUAUUUUACCUGGAAGCACCUUGACAGUCGCAGCUGUGCAGGUGCAGGUGAUGUCAGUCAGAGUUGAAGAUUCUCACCUUGUUGCACAAAUGUUGUGUCACACAAGCUGCCUUCCAGAAACUCCUUUGUUCUUUGAGUGGCAGAAGAAUGGAGAGGAUAUAAAGUCUGGAACCAAAGUAGAACUCACCUUGUCACCUGGAGACUACAUCACCUGUGCUGCACGACAACAACAACAACAUAUCAGCAUCUCUCCUCCCCUGUGUGAGUGCUUCUUUCUUCUGGAAAAACACAAAUAUUUCUUGUUUCUAUUCCAACUCCAAAGUCCUAAACAACACAAACAAAUUGCAAUGACCUCCCAGCUGAUGAACACGUUUAGCCAGCUGGCAGAAGCAGCAACCAGUCAACACAUUUGUUUUUAUUCCUGCUUACGUCGCACUUGUUGCUAGGUAGACUUCAUAGGGCGCUGUGACGGACAGGGAGAGUCGGCAGGAAAACAACACUUUA